AAAGAAAAAACUUCACUGCCACGUCGGCAUCCCUCGAUCGAAAGGGUUUCCUUCUCGUCCCGUCGGCCGCGCUACCUCUUUUCUCGCCGCCCCGCUCCGAUUCAAUACUGCCGCCGCUCUCAGAGGCACAUGCUCACACGGUCACGCCGGUGACCUCCAAGCAUGAUAGCGUCCGUGCAGAUCGGCGGCGUGCACACACAUGCAUGGAAGUCGGACAUCUCCACCAGCGCCGGAGGGUCUGGUGGCCGAGCCGCGCCUCUCCACCGCCGGAUCGGCAACACCGCUCUUCUCCUCCGUUUGGUUGACGCUCGCCGCACCGUCCUCUCCGGGCUACAGCGUCGAACGGCCGCGGCACUUGAGUCCAGGUUUUUUUAUUUCUUACCCCUUACUUUUUGCCAACAAACCUUGCUCUCAGCUCAAAAAAGAAAAAGAAAAAGAAACUUCCUCUCCUUUCUGGCCCAGCGAUGGGAUGAGUUUAUCUCGUGCAGUUCAACUGUUCAAGCAAAUGUUGCUACUAGUACGAUGAGUCUGCCAGUCCAUGGCACAAUUAAUAAUUUGCUCGCUUGUCAGUGAUCAACUCGGUGCAUGUGGAUACUGGUUUAACUCCGGAGUUUAGGGGCCAAGAAACGUUUCUUCUGUAUUAACAUACCUUGAUCACAAUAGCUUGAACGACGUUUGAUUUUUCUUCUUCUUUUCCAUGUGUGGAUGCUCUCGAAGUUUGGGAAUUGUACGAUUCUGUUGCAUCUACAAAAUGCCGCAUCUAAAUUGCACUGUGUUAUCACAUGGCAUUCACCUAGAUAUCGUACUAAUGUAUAAGAUGUGUGUGUGUGUGUGUGUCAAGUUUGAUAUUAAAGGACACUUAAUUACCUCUUACAUGGAACUAUGGAAGUCUAGAAGUCGUUUAGUAUUAGCGAUAGUAAAGAAGAUUAUUAAUUAUGCAAUAAAUAAAUAAAACAUUAAGCUUCAUUAAUUUGUUGUGUCGAAGGGAGCAAGUCUUGUCUAGAGCUCCAUAUAUUAUGGCAUGCUGUGCCAUUCUCUUUUCUGAGAGAUGCAGGCGGAUAACACAACUGUUACUAUUCAAUCUUUUUCUCUCUCUCCACCUAUACAGCUUCUGAAUCCCCAUGGAUUUCAGUUGCUUUCACCCCCAUACAGGGAGCUGCAAUUACAUGCCAUUUGAUUCGUACAUGCAGCCGAAUGGACACUACGAGCUCCACCCUGUUGAUCAUUCAUUUGAAGGCGUUGGAGAAUAUACACCUGCUGGUUCUAUGGUACCCUCUGCAAUCUUCAACGACUUUGGUCACCAGUACUACUCAGAAAGAGAAACCAAGAUGACUGUCGUCAACCAUGCUUCAUCUAUCGAUCAUAAAGUUGGAUCUAACCUGCCUCUGCUGACGCCCAAAACUGAGGUUUCUCAUCUCAUUGAAAGUGACCUUGGAUCAUAUAAGGCAUUCGAGAUGAAUGGCAGGUUUGUGUCAAGAAAGAAAACCUCUUGUAAUACAUUGAAGAAAGCCAAUGUUGUGAAAGGGCAAUGGACACCAGUGGAAGACAGGAAGCUGGUAAAAUUAGUGGAACAGUUUGGACUGAGGAAGUGGUCUUACAUAGCACAAAUGCUACCUGGAAGAGUGGGAAAGCAAUGCAGAGAAAGAUGGCACAACCAUUUGAGACCUAACAUCAAGAAAGAUAUUUGGAGUGAUGAGGAAGACAUGGUUCUAAUACAAGCACACAAGGAAGUUGGCAACAGAUGGGCAGAGAUAGCUAAGCGCCUACCGGGUCGAACAGAAAACUCCAUAAAAAAUCAUUGGAAUGCAACAAAGAGAAGGCAAUUUGCACGGAGACGGAGCCGUACUAGCUCCAAGGGCCCCAAGUCAGGUACUCUUCUACAAAUCUACAUCAAAGGCCUUGGAAUUGGCCCAAGCAAGAACGCCGCACCUCUUGCUCAACCUGCAUUGUCACCGUCCUCACUUGCACUUCCCAGAGCCACGUCAGCAAAGAUGAAUGAUGAGAGGCUAGAACACAACCAAUCCGACAUACUGGUUACCCAAGGGAUACACGAGAAUAAUUGUGGCGGAAUUCACAAGAAUAAUUGGGGCCGAACUCACUCUUGUGAAGAACUUUUAGCUCCUAUCUGUGAUGAUUUUUCAGUUGACAUGUGUGACGGUCUGUUUGACACAAAGGAGGAGGCGUUCCAAGUUUACACUGUGGACGAUGAUGUCGACAUGAACUAUAUCUUCAACCAUCUCGACUAUGCUAUCAAGUGUGAUCAGGAGAUUGAUGUGGACAUGAUGCAGGAUGAUGACGCCCUCGAAUGUGUUGAACCAGGAUCAGCUCAAAGCAAAACAAUGCAUGUGAAGGAGGAGAUGGAUCCGGUUGAGAUGGUGGCAGCCACACAGAAUUGCGCGGGGGCAGAGAGUAACUAAAUAUGUACAUAUAUAUGUUUUUUACAGAUAACUCCACGACCUAAAGAUGCAACUAUAUGAUCUAUAGAUGACUGCACGACCUUUUGGAUGUUUCCUUCCUGAGGAUCCCUACAAUAAGUAAAUAAAGCCUGAAAUGAAGCGCUUGGUUCGCAUUUUAUGGUGUCUGUCUGUGUAUAUAUUUCAGUUGUUAUUUAAAAAGUGCUUAUAUUGUUUGUCGAGAAAUCU